GCAGCCUAGGUGGGGCCAGCACCCCUCCAGCACCCACCAGCGGGCCUCAUGUGGAUGCUGGCACUAGGUGGGAUAUUCCUGGCAGCUGCCCAGGCCUGUGUCUUCUGCCGCUUCCCAGAUCGUGACUUGUCGGGCCGCCUGGCUCAGCUUUGCAGCCAGAUGGAGGCCCAGUGGAAGGACUGUGACGUCUCCUGGAACUUCUCGGCCUUUGCCUUAGAUGAUGCAUCCUUGAACAAAGUCACAGAGAAGACUCACAGAGUCCUGCGGGUCAUGGAGAUCAAAGGGUCUCUCUCAUCACUCCCUUCAUAUUGGCAAUGGCUUCAAAAGACCAAGCUCCCGGAGUACAGCAGGGAAGCUCUCUGCGCUCCCGCCUGCCCGCUGGUCCUGCUGUCUCCUGCAGGGGGCAGCACCACCCUGUACAACUGCUCCACCUGUCAGGGCUUCGAGGUGUACUGCUGGCCAAGAAAGCGCUGCUUCCCAGGAAGUCACGAUCUUUGGGAAGCCAGGAUCCUGCUCUUCUUUGUCUCUGGAGCUGCCCUGCUCCUGGGUAUUCUGAGCCUCGCAGUGGAAUACAGGCACCUCCAAGCAAAAAGUGACUUGUGAAGAUGAGGACGGAUCCCAGCCUCCAGCUCUAAGGAGCAUGUACCCACAACUCCCACUUCUCUCAUGGGGUGGGGGUGGGGGUGGGGGGGUGGACAGCCAGACCCUCAGUUCCAGCCUCGACGGUUCAGUCUUCCAGACCCUGAUACCCAGACGUCCCCAUGAUCCCAGCAUCAGAUGGCCUCCAGGGACCCAGGCACCCACAGCUGGAAAGUUCCUCUCCUCCAGUCCACAACCAAUCAGACAGGGGCAGUCACCGUGCCAGGAAAAUAUCUACAGAAGGAAAGAAUCCCCUCCACACACAGCACCACUCCCACACCCCCUUCUGCCUGUUCCCGGAAAGCGGGGGCUGUCUGCCCCAGAAGCUCCUCUUGGCCCUCCUGUGACUGAUUGGGAAUCCGGGAAUGAGUGUUCUGGAAAAGUCCCUCCCCCCUAGAGUGAGACCACAUCAGUCAGCCUGCUGGCAUGCUACCCUUCCAUUUAACAUUGUGAAGCCUCCCACAGAGGCCUCCCUCUUGCCAGGCCCAACUAAACCUGCUGUCAAAUGGC